ACUGUUUGUUUAUCAACAAACCGGCGCUUUUUGCGCGCUUCACCACACCACAGUCACAUUCCGAAGAUAAGAUCGAAACAAUGUCCUCGCAGGAAGAAGCAACCCCAUCCCGGAACAUCGAAAUCAAAGCCCAGGUCGGGGACAAGGAAGCAUUCCAGAAAAAAGUGGCCAUCGCCGAAGGGCUCACGGGUGCCAAAGCGGAAGUCAUUAAGCAGCACGAUGUGUUCUUCAAUUCCCAGAAGGGCCGGCUAAAGUUGCGGUACUUGGAGGGACAUUCAUCAUCCGUCCAGGAAGAGGCGGAUGUGUUUGGCAGAGGCUGUGGGGUAGUAAAAUUUUUUAAAGAGAAACGUUUUCUGGAGCUGGAUGAUGAUUAUGAGCACGUUGAUCAAGCAGUGGAUUAUUUGAUCGAGAACGAGCUGCAGCCAGACGAUGGAACCGGUUGCUAUCGGGAGCUGCGGGAACGAUUUAAUCUCGAUUAUAAUUCCAACUGUUGCUGCCAAGAAGAUAACGCUUGUUUAAGCAAAAAGUCAUGUGACCAUGGAGAAAAUUAUACGCCUUCUCAAGGGGAACUAGUGCUGAGAGAAUCGCUUCAAGUUGUGAUGGAAUGUUCUGAAAAUUGUCUCUGUCCAGCAACCUGCUGGAAUCGAUUAGUCCAAUUUGGUCCCCGAAAAAAGCUUAAAAUAAAAACUAGCUUGAUUGUAGCAAACCAACUAGGUCUCUUCACAGAAGAAUUUAUUCCUCAGGGUGGAUUUAUCUGCGAGUAUGCCGGAGAACUGAUAACGAAAAAUGAAGCUUUGAGGCGCAAUCAACUUAAUGACUCAAUGAGUCAGAAAAACUACGUUCUUUGUUUGAAUGAGAUGAGUUUGGAUGGAGCUACGAGUAUUCAAACUUUUUAUGAUCCAGAACGACGAGGCAACAUCGGACGAUAUUUAAAUCAUAGCUGUGAUCCCAACUGCCAAACAGUCUCCGUCCACAUAGGAUGUCCAUUGCCGAGGGUUGGAAUUUUCGCUCGACGGAACAUCCAACCAGGGGAAGAAUUGUUUUUUGAUUAUGGUGGUGGAAAUUUUGCCAUAGAACCAAGUAUUCAAACCAACCCUAAGCCCUGCCUUUGUGGGACUUCCAUCUGCCGAGGAAAUCUUCCAUCGUAUUGUUAUUGAACAGCAUUUAAACAAUUCUAUUGCAGACGAAGAAAUCCGAGUUGAUUCAAUACUUCCGUCCGGAUGUGGGAGGUCCAAAGCUGUCCACCUAUCAUAAAAUCGAUCUGGAUGAGCCGAAGUUGAUGGAAACCAUUCUGGCCGAGAGUGUUGGCAUCAAAGGUGAGGUUA